AUGUCUACACGCAUGAGGCACGGGUUACUUGCCGGUGCUUUACAAUUCAGAUACCAUUCAGUUGUACCGGUGAAAAAAGGCUCGACGCCAUCUAAACCGUCCUCCAGGUCCAAGCAACCAAGCUCUGUGAAGCGGAACAGCAGUCUCCUAAACUUUUUCCAGAAGGCGGACGGCCCGCCGCAAGCCACUUCUCGACAGUCUCGGAUUACGCAAUUUGCGACGAAAGUAGAUCGACCGACAGGUAGUGGGCACAACAGUCCGUCUCUACGGCGGGAAGAUAGCUCGAAGAGUAACGGUGGUGGCGGGUUGUUUUUGGAUGAGCGGAAUGGGAAGAAGUCGGCUUCGCUAGAUCCUAGUACGCCCCCGCGGUCCCGGUCACGGACACCUGACGAUAUAUGGGGUGAAGACGAUGGGAGCAUCGUGGCUCCGAAAGAGGAGGAGGACAGAUAUAACGAGAAUGGGUCAGCGGUCAAGAAGCGUAAGGUCGAGUCAGAGUCUGACUCUCCUCGGACGGAGCAGGUGAAGGAUGAGGCCUCUGCGACAACGCCUGCUCCGGCCAAAUCUCGACAGGUUAGCGGGCCGUUUAUCGAUGAGUCUGAUAGCGAGGAAGAUUUGGCGGCAUUUGGGGAUUUCAGUGACGAACCAGCCAUGUUGAAAAAUGCCGAAGCCGUGAAGGACGCAGCGGGGACUGAUAAUGACCGGAAAGAUGAUGAUCGAACUUCCGAUGUCGCCGUACCACCAUUGGUAAGAGAAGCCACGAGCCAUUUCGAAGAUAAUGAACUUGCGAAUUUUGACGAUCUAGAAGAGGACGAGGUCAGAGGGGAAGGAGGACUCUUAGAUCAGGAAAACGACGACGAAGGACCCGAAGAGACGAUAUUUGGCUUUGACGACUCGAACGACUCGCCAGCUCCUGAGGAGUGCGAAGUGGAUCCUGGCGGCGGCGUGGCAGUAUGUCCAAUUUGCCAGAUUGAGUUGGUAGGCUUGAGUGACGUUGACGUGUCGGUGCAUGUCAAUGAUUGCCUUGAUGGGAAGCCUGCCAUUGUUUUGCCGAAGCCGAAGACCGACACAUCGGCGAAGGCGCUGACGCGCGCAGAACUCGCUUCCAUUGCGAGACCACCACAAAAUGAUCCAUACUCCUCCGGCACAUCUAAGUCAUCAUCCGCUUUCUCGAAGCUUAUGGCAGGUAACGCAGAAGAUACAGCAUGGACAGCCGCGGCCGCCAGUGAGGUUAAGUCUAAGGGCAAGCAGGCAUAUCAACGAACUUGCCCAUUCUAUAAGAUUAUUCCGGGAUUCUCAAUAUGUGUGGACGCUUUUCGUUAUGGAGCAGUCGAAGGAUGCAAUGCCUACUUUUUAAGCCAUUACCAUAGUGACCAUUACAUAGGCCUCACGGCCUCUUGGCGCCAUGGACCCAUAUACUGCAGCAAAGCUACUGGCAACUUAGUCCGCCAACAGCUCAAGGUGGACCCGCGUUGGGUGGUGGAUUUGGAAUUCGAGAAAACUACAGAGGUCCCCAAUACUGGCGUUCAAGUGACUUUGAUCGAGGCCAAUCACUGCCCCGGAAGCGCCAUUUUUCUCUUUGAGAAGGCCAUGGGGUCUGGCCAGUCCAAAAGGAUCCAACGGGUCCUCCAUUGUGGCGAUUUCCGCGCAUCUCCCACCCAUGUGCAACACGCCCUUCUUCGCCCCGAGAUAGUGGACUCCGUCACGGGCCAGAAACGGCAGCAAAGGAUUGACGUUUGCUACUUGGACACUACUUAUCUCAGCCCUAAGUAUUCCUUUCCUAGUCAAAUCGAUGUCAUCGAAGCCUGCGCGGAACUCUGUGCUAGCCUUGACCGAGGUGAGGAUGAGGGUCCUGCGCCGUGGCAGUCAGGGAAGGCGAGUAAAGAAGGCGGGGGCAUCAUGAGUAAAUUUUUCAACUCUGUAACGGGUUCGGGCAAGUCACAGGAGCGAUCCUCUCGCCCGCAAGGCCGAUUAUUGGUCGUCAUUGGCACGUAUAGUAUCGGUAAAGAGCGCAUAUGUCUAGCCAUUGCCCGAGCCUUGAAGAGCAAGAUUUAUGCCACUGCGGGCAAGCAACGUGUGUGCGCCUGUCUGGAGGAUGCCGAGCUUUCUUCGUUGUUGACGGACGACCCCGUGGAGGCUCAAGUGCAUAUGCAGACGCUGUUCGAGAUCCGCGCUGAGACGUUGGCCGACUACCUGGAUUCGAUGAAGCCGCACUUCACUCGUGUGCUUGGCUCAAAGCUAAUCAAGAGUGCCUCACCAGUCAUGGACGUGGACGCGACCAACAAAAGCGUGGGUAUUGAAUGGGCGGUCGAUCAUGACUCGUGA